GCUUUGGAACUUUCAGGAGGCAGCUGGAGGCCCAAGUGUGGGGACAAGCAGACCGUUUGGAAUAUGACACCCUAUCGGACGAACAGCGAUGGCCUUCCUCAGUAUCACCUUCGACGGAUUGGUCGUAGAGCAUCGCUUCCAGAAAUUGCCAAUUUAAUUGACUUCAGAAAACGCGUGACUCUCGUUGGAAGGAAUAGCAAUGUCGUCGAUUAUGUCCUCAGUGCUGCCAAGGAAUCGAGGCGCAAGACUAUCUCCAAGACCCAUGCACGGAUCAUCCGUUCGCCACAGGAUAACCAGCACCGCCUCGUUGACUCGAGCUUCUCUGGAGUUUACAUCAAUGACCGCCGCAUGGCUAGUGAUGUCAUCCUGAAGGAAGGCGAUACAGUGACCUUUGGACAUCCGCAGAGUUCUCGAGUGGAUGGAGCGGAGAGAGUCCGCCAGCCCAACUCUGAAUUUUACUUCAUGUUUGAGCUGUGUGACUGUGAGCAGGAAGAAAGCAGAGGAUUGAGACAGGAUCCUGGGCCCAGCUGCCAACUGCAGAGCUCGAUUGUUCCUGUCCCUUCCCCGAGAUUGCCGAUGCCUCCGUGCUUCUUGGGAAUGUUCCCUGGGUUCCUGCAGGGAGUACGGUGGCCUGUGGAGGUGGCUGAUGCUGGUGUCAGACAUGCCAUGGCACUGCACAAUUCUGGGGGUUGCCCACUGGUUUCGAGGGCUUCUCACUCAACUUGUCAAAGGCCUGAAUUCGCCCCACCUCGGAUGAUGUGUUUUCCAGAUUGUCAGCUUGCACCCAAGACCUCCGGAUCCGCCAACCAGGUGGCACACCUCCAGCCCUCCUCCCUGCUACCCGGAGCAUCCUAUGGUCUCGCAGUGCCUUCGGUUCCUCCGGGACCAGCUUCCCAGCUCGCAGCCUCAGCUGAAAGUGGUUUUCCUGUUGCUGAGGGAUCUCUGAGUAGCUGGUGCACCAAUUCCCAGAUCAUGGAUUGCGGAUCCCAUCUUCCGCUGGUGGACUCGGGGAAGUUUGGUCAUCCUCCCUGUCCGAGUUCUGGUGAACGUAUGAACAGACUCCUGCCUGAAAGUUGCAUAAAGACACCUCCACCUCCAGGGGAACCUACACGCCACGAAUGCCCACAUUCCCUGAAGGAUAGGCCUGGCUCCAGGGUGCAUGAAUGGGCACAUGCACCACCCAGUCAAAUGGGACGGAGAUCAGAGGAUGCCAGUGUGGCCACCACUGCCCAAACCCCGAUGCCUAUACCCUGCGUUCAGCAGGACUGGGCGAAGCAAGGUAGUUGGAGCGAGAGUAUGAGGGGAGGUCACACGUCAACACACCAUGAUUUGACGAUGGAAGGAACCGCUCCACUUAAAGACAUCUCAACUAGUCUGGCCACUGCUGGGCCUGUGACCCUGUCAGGUGGCACCAACCAGCCUUACCAAACAGACAACCAGGAUGGUUCUCUGAGUGUGGGAGAGCAUCUGCCAGGGGCUGCCGUGGGUAUGGAAUGGGCACCCUCCGUGGCAGAUGCCAUAGCAACCAGGUGCAUGCAGCCACAGCUGGACAGUGAUACCAUUGCAGAGAGUACCGACGGUGAGCACGCUGUGACUGAGCCCACAGCGCAAGAUGGUGUGCUGACCGAGGAGCUGCCGGCUGCUUUGGGCACCGUUCGGGAAGGUGUCACAUCAGCAGGCUGUACACCUACCCUGAGUGACUCCUGCUGGGAUUCGGCUGCAGCUAAGGUGCAGGGAGUGGACAGUCAGUGCCACUCCCUGAGUGAUGGCAGCUGUCUAAAGCAAGGCGAGCUGACUGAGUCAGUGGAAACACGGCAUUCCUGUUCUGCGACCUGGCUGGAUCACUCUUCAGAUAGGAAUGUUGAAAAUGAGGAUACUCAAUCUGUACAGAAUGAGAGAGGCUCAGCAGAGAGACCUGUACAGACAGUGAUACCACAAAAUGUCAAUGUCAGACUCAUUGAGAGUAACUCUGUGACUGGAGAGGAUUUGACCUGUGGCCCCACAGGAGGAAAUUUGUACAAACCCAUUGAUAAUCCAAGAAAUGGCAAUCUGGAUAACAAUACUCUGGCAUCUGACUUGUUGCAUCGAGAGAGACUGGGCAGUGCUGUGACAGCACAUGUGGCAAAUGAGAAAAUAGGCUCACCUGGAGAGCAUGUAAGCUCUGGACUCCCUCAAGGUGUAGACAGUGUAGGUCCCCUGACAGUGACUAACAAAUCGAGAGAGAACGGGGAGUCGGCAGUAGUUGGGCAGGAUGACCAUCUCAGUAAAAAUGUGAAUUGUAACCACACCGAGAAUGUGGGAGCUGAAAGGGAAUCAGCCAGCGUUCCAGGAGUACAGCCUGUGGAGUGUCAGAUUGCAGCUGGGGUGUCUAAUGUGCAGAUCAGUCCAGUUCCUGGAUCUGAUCUCACGCGCAACGGCGAGUCACAAGAAGCUUCUUCCCAAUGUCCACCUCUUGGUGAAGCGACCCUCGAUGCUGGUUUAACAACUGACCACCUGAGCUCAAGUGACAGUACAUUUGCCUUUAAACCACACCUUCUAGAUAUUGUCGGCUCGAGUGCAGAACCUUUAAACUCUUCUCCAGGAGAAAAGGGAAAAGGAGGAAGUUCGGUUGACUCACACGUAUCACACACUGAUUCCAAAUCAGCAGUUGCACACAAAGAGGAGAUUGUAGAUGGAUUUUCUGUGGCUAACAAAGCAGAGGAUAGUAUGCCCCACACUGAAGUGUGGUCAGCAAAGAUUUGCAGCACCACACUGGUUAACUGCCUCACUGUGCCUAAUUCCAUGUCAAAAGGUUACAGUUCUGCCUAUUCUGCUGAGAUUGAGACUCCGUCACAGUUGGCUGUGGAAGAAAUCGGGGAUGUGUGCAGCAUUCCAGUCAGUGCCUGCUCACCCACUGGCCAUUCUGUAUCGGAAUUAGCCAACUCCAUUAACAUGCCACGUCUCGAGGCAGAAAAGGGGAGCUGCUGUUCCACUGUGGGACCUUGGCACUCAGAUUGGGCUGGACCACGGGGUGCGGUCAAUGCAGUUGGCCAACUCUGUGAGGGAGUGUGGCCUAGCACAGAGCAUGGAGAGGCAACCGGAGAUAGCAGAGGCUGUGUAAUGCAGGGAAAUCCUCCAGGAAGCUCUCCCAAACCAGGGGGUGUUGUCACUUUCUUGGAAGGUGUGGAAAUGCAAAGUGAACGCAACUUGAUUGAUCAGAGAGAGUUGGAAGAAACUGAGCAAACCUGUGAAUCACGUUCUAGUGAUGUCCAACAUGGUGUUGGACUGAAUCCUCUGGAAUGUAAAGAAUUUCCAAGUGUUCCCAUUGGAUCUGUGGAUGUAAAUGUUGAGGUGGUGGAAGGACCAACCACACUCACUUUAAAUAACACAAUUGUGAAGGACCGGUAUCUCCAUGGCGAUAGCUCUGGUGUUGUGGAGAUUUCUGAGACUCUAGUUUCCACAAACAAAGACAAUUCCAUGGACAUUGGAGAUACCAUUGGAUCAGGUGAAGAUAUGAGUGUUGACUCAGUGUCUGGGCAUGUGGCCAGGGAUGUGAUUGUGGAAUCGAAUUUCUCUAACACUUGCCCAGCUCCCUCAGAGCUGGAGCUAACAGCUGCAUGUGUUGCCGUCCCUGAGGCUGUAGGUUGUGGAGGUGGGGGAGAGAUGGACGAGUCCCCUGCGUCACCAUCGCUGGGUGACAUCAUGAGGGAGGAGGAGCUAGAAGGAUCUGUGCCAUUGACGCCAGUGAGAGGCAUAGCCAACCAGGUAGGGUCGGAAGCUGCAGAGACACGAGUGGCACAUCAGUUUGGUAUGGGUGUAGCUAACGUUCCUGCUUGCAUACGUGCCCCCUGGCAUGUGUCCCUGACUACGGUGACACCCAGAAAUGAGGGCAGUCUUAGCCCACUCACGCAGUGUGAAACCCUGAGCUCCACAACAGAGAAGGACAGUGUUGAUCAAAGCCGCUGCGAGCACUCAGCUGUGAAUGUGCCUUCCAGCAAUGUCCGGGAUUUACGUAGCACAUUGGGCCCCAUGGGUUGUAAACAGGAAUUUCAGGAUGAGGCAGCAAGUUCAGAGAAUCUGCUCAAUGCCAGUCCGGUUACCCCUGAUUGGGAUAACGUAGGUCAGUCCCAAGGUGAGAGCCACGUAGAGCCUGGUGUGAGAGGUGAACCUCUGAUAUUGUCUGAAACUGGACAGGAUUUGCCCAGACUGGGUCACGCUGAAGGGGAGGGGCACUUCCCCUCACGGUUUCUAACCUCUAGCAUGCAGGCAGAAUUGCUGAGUGAGUCCUGCAAUCAUUUCACCAACACCGUUAGGUCUGAGCGGAACGGGAAUCCCUCAGGUGAAGAUCAGGCCAGCCUGUCUCCAGCGGUGGCCUCUGGAGGUGACUGGCCAGGAGCAUCCUCUCCAUUGGGGAGUGGUAAAUUUGAGACCGCCAAAUCAACAAUCCCAUGUUGCCCUCCUGUGAAGCCAAUGGCCACGACUCCGAGCCGGGUAGUGGAGGCUAGAGAAAGCCCGGUAUUACCAGCCGGUGCUGUCCCACCAUCCUCCUCCACUGUGGGCAAUGCCUGGCAUGGCAGCCAUGACAAUCCUAUCACUCGGGGGUGUCAAAAGAGAGUCCCUGUGUCUGAAAAUGCUGUGGAGACCGAAGAAGAAUUUACAGGCUCUGGGGAAACAGCUGAUGCUUGUCCUGCUGACUCCAUUGAAGAACGUUCUAGAAAGAAGGUGCCUGCUCCUCCUGGCAGUGCGGGAAAUUGCGAAUCCUCUGUGUGUAACCCCCCUAUUCUGGACGAAGCUGCUGCUGCUGCACGUUUUGAUGUGACAAUGCGGAUUGAGCCGAGUGUGACCAUAAACAGCUCUGUCCUCCUUUCUGAGUCUAUAUCUAUGCGGAGCAGUGACUUGACUUCCUCUAUCCCAGUUACCUGGCUCCUGUCCCACGAAGCUUAUCCAUCUACAGGCAUGGCACUUAGGAGAGAAUCGGAGUUAAGCAGGGGAAACGAGCAAGAGGGAGACUGGCAUGAUGAAUCUCAGUGUUUGGGGGCAGCAGACACUGAUCGGUUAGAGCAGGGCAUGGCUUGCAUUGGUGAAGAUGCGGUGCCAGAGGUGGGAUUGAAUGGAACCCAAGGCACUGAGAAGACCCAGUUCCUGCUGAGUUACUCGGGGAGUGUAGAAACUACGGGUGGGGUGGAAGGGGAGUUCUUCAAACCUGGUCCCUCUGAUUCCCAAAGGGUGGAACUUGAGGAAGAUCUAGUUCGAGGGCAGCCCUUAGCUGAAGAGCAGAGUAAAGAAAAUGUGGCUGAAGAGCUCGUGUUGAGCCCUGCCACUCCAGAGAACAGAGAACUGCAAAGUGAUAGCCCAGCACAGUGUGAAGACCUGGUGGAGGGAUCAAACUCGGCUGAGAGAGAAUUACCUAUGCGCAUGGGCUUGUCUUAUGGGGCCGAGCAGGAAGAGUCCAUCGUGAGUGAUGUUUUGGGUGAUGGUGCAAGCAGUCAUUUAAUGGAAGAAACUGAGGUGGCUGUCCAAGAAGAUGUUGAUGGCAGGCAGGAUGAGAUUUAUAGUGACGAGCACGCAAUGCAGACUGAACUAACUCAUGGGCACACACCGAUUCCUGUUUGCCAGGAGAAUGGGAAAGUUUGGAUCACAGCCGUCCCCAGUACACAGCCUCUGUUUUUCACUGCAGCUAUGUCCUCCGGAUUUGGUGGUUGCGAUACUGGAAGAGUCAGUCACAAGCAACUGGAUUGGGGAAAGAAGUUAGCUCCUGCAUCCUCUGAGAAGGGUGUUCCUGUGGAUGUGAAGCAUGAAGAGAUGGAGAGGCCUCAAGUCCUGGAGGAAGCUACUGGAUUAUUGGAACUCCAAGUCGAAGUUUGCCAGGCUAGGGAGCAGACAGGCUCCCCGACUGUGUCGCCCAGCCCUGAUACAAGACAACAGUGUGUUCAGUAUGGCCUGGAAAUGGCCAGCACCAAACAUGAAAAUUCCAAGGCUUUUGAAGCCAAGGGAAAGGGGGGCUUGUUGGGUGAGGUCACAGAGGAAGGAUCUAUCCCGGUCACUGAGCCCCCUGAGCUGCUGGAUUCGACUGAGUUAAAGGAAGGGGAAGAGCCCAGUGAGCAAAAUGCCUCAGGCCAUGUUACAGUAUGUGAGCCAGUGGAAAGGAAUGAGCUGAGUGAACAAACUGCCAGUGAUGAAGAGGAGGCCUCCAGCUCAGAACAGCUGGCCUGUACACAAGUGCCAGGCACCUUAUCAGACAGUGAAGUCACUGUUGUAGAGAAUGAGCAGGAGCUGAGCAUCGUAACCAACAAAGUUAACCUCUCCAUUUCUCCUUCACCAGACUGUACAGUUGUGAGAGUGGUGGACUUCAGUCUCCCCACCUCUGUGAGGAAUAAAUGUGACCCAGUACAAACAUCAGGAACAGUCACUCCCUGCGCACGUGAGCCUGAAGAUGUAAUAAUCUCAGAGUGUACCGACCUUCCAGCCGGCUUCUCUGAGGAGUUGACUGUCUUGGGUGAAGAAGGUGCUGAAGAUCUUGAGCUCAAAGGUGAACGUUUGGAGCAAAAGCACCACUCCUGUUUAUCUCCUGGUCACCUUGAGCAGCAAUUAGUCUCCCCCAAGGAAACUGAAGCCGAGUCGGCAGGUUUUUUGGAGCAAACUGGGAAAGGGGAUGUCAAAACUGAGCAGGUGACAGUGGGUGAGCAGGGGCUGAGUACACAGAGGGACACAGUUCCCCAGAUCUUGAGCCAUCUGCCCAAUGGGGUUGUACCGACAUACUCGGACUGCACCGUGAAUGUCUCCAAAUGUAAGGAUAGGAGAGCCCAAUCCCAACAGGGAGCUGAAGUACAGAGGCCAAAUGACAGCAUACUGAGAAAAUGCUGCCCAAAGGACAGCGGUGUUGAACAGGAAACUGAGACAGUGGCGCUUGGUGAAGGUGGACAGUGCCAGCAGGAGGAGGACAUUGUACCACCCAGCUCUCUCGGUGAAGAACAUGGUGCUGUGUUGCCACGGUCACUGGUGACCAAUUCUGAGCCUGAAUCAGUGCCCAUUGGGUGGCAAGACAUGGAACUGGACAGAACGGCCAAAUGUCAGGUUGUUGUGAGGAGCGCUGAUUUAGCUGAAACAGAAACCGCUAAUGUCAGUGAUACAGAUGGGAUCGUCAAAGUUGGCACAACAAUUGUCUCUUCAGACCCUAAGUACCUGAACCUGCAACUUUCAGAGUCUCCAUUGAAGAGGGAGGACAUUACAAGCAAGAGUCUAAACAGCCGAACGAACCUUGAUACCCGACCGUUGAAGAGGUCUUGUGAAGGAGAAGGGGCAUUGGAUUCAAAUUCUACUACCACAUGCCCCCGCAAAAGAGUGUGCUUGACCCAGCAAGCUGGAACAGAGGGGCAGAAUCUGAUUCUGCUGUCCCUCGCAAAGGAAUUGAGGCAGCUUCGGGCCUGGUACGUAGGCAGAUUGGUCCAGCAGUUUGUCACAGAAUACAGAGUGUCUCAGGAAUGUCGUGUUGCCAGGAAAGUGCAAGCAGUGAACAGACAGGACGAGGUCACGCGAGUUGUUAGAGAGUUCUUCAAAACUCGAGUGGCUCAACCUGAGGUGCACAUUGUUGACACAUCACAGCAGAGUGUGGAGACUGAGAUGUGUGAUGUGGAUCAGUGUCACAGCUCUGAGAAUUCGGAACCCCACCAGGAGCCAAGGGAAACCAGCGAUCACAAGAGCCCUUGUUGCAUGGGCAGCAAUUCCGACUGCCGAACUGGUGCUGAUGGCAUCGGCUUGUCCAAAUCAACUGAACCCACGUCUGCAGUCUCUCGCCCAUCCGUUGAGCUGGUGAAUUGGCCCGUUGGAGCGACGGGUGAUUCGGAAACCUCUCUCGAGGAGGGUGGUAAACCUGCCAGAAAAAUGGAGACAUCCCAGGAAAUCAGCCAGGGUGACAUCUCCCAUGUCGUUUCGCCAGACCCCAGCGGCAAUCGUUUCGUCAACCACAUUCCAGGAGCUACCGUCCAGCUGCAAGAGGUCACUGUGGCCGAGGACAUUAAUCCUUCCCUUUCCCUUACUGAGGAAUUGGGGACUGAUGUGGAAGCAGAUGAUGCUUCCACGGUAAGCUGGAGCUCACUUUCCCACUGUUCUCCCAGCACAGAUUCCCAUGAGGGGUUAGAGAGUGGGGGUUUGGGACUGAGGGAGAGCCAGGCAACAAUGGCAACUGAUGGUGAUGAUGGGAUGGGGGGCUCACUGCUGGAGAUCACAGAUAAAUCACCCCCUCCUUCACGUGGUCUCCUCACAAGUUCUGCAACUUACGAUCCUGGCCAACUUGAUGAAAUGGGACAUUUGAGCCCAGCAGAAUCAUUGUCUCCUGGCGACAGUUCAUAUUGUAGCCAGGAUGCAAUUAAAGUUUUCCACCCGAUGGAAUCACCACCUUCUAGCCACAAGAACCUGGGCCAUAGCUACGAUAUGGGAGAGGGGCGUCUGAAUGUUGAUGAUGUUGGGUCAGAUCCUCCUCCUCCUCCUCCUCCUCCUCCUCCUCCUCCUCCUCCUCCUCCUCCUCCUCCUCUUCGUAUUUCCGAAGCCCAGAGUACCCUAUCCCAUAACUCAGACGAGGGACAUUUUCCUGCACAGAAUCCUGCUUCGAGCCAUUCUGUUGAGCUCCUGCCAAAAUCCGGAGGCAACUGCACUUGGAACCCAGGGCUUGAGUGUCCUGCUGGCCUGUCGGCCCCUCCUGAGUGGGAAGCCACCUCUACAGCACGAAUAUCUGGCCAUGGAUCUGGCGUAAAGCCUUCAGGUGGCAGGCAGCAGGAGGCUGAGGCCAUCUGCCUGGGCUUCUCACCCAGCCGAUCCCCCAGAUCCAGGAGGGUGGUAGCUCAGAGUAUCGAUACGUGGGAUCCAGACCAAAGUGGCAGCUCGCCCGCGUGGAGGGGAGGCCUGCACGUAGAAGGAGAAAUCACCACCACUAUCGCCAUUUGGGCAGCUGGAAGUGAGAUCAAACCGAGUGUAGAAUCACCAGAAGGCCCUGUCACCAACCUCCAUCCCAUUGAAGUUGGGAGGCCGCGGGCUGAUUUCCUAGGAUCCGGUAAAGAGGAGUUGGGAACAGACAGAAAGAUAACAACAUCUCCAGCAAUGAACCAAAUAAGCUCAGUUGAAUGUGUUGAAGGCAGCACGGUGGAGGGAGGAUCUGCUGUGUGUUUGGCCCAUGAUCAGAAACCCAUGGUCACUUUGUUACAGAAGCCUGCAGAAAGGACAGUUCCCCGUGAGCAUGAUACAGCUGAUAAGGUGGAUUCUCAGGAGUGUGCUGAUGAGGCUGGUGUCUGCGGCCACUCCUCUCCCUCCAAAAGGCUGAGGGAGGUGAGUCCUCCGCGAGGAAUGCUCCCAGACGGUCGCUUCUCGCUGCAGGCAGAGAAGAGGAUCAGACCCUCAAGUGAUGGGGCAUUUGACACUGGUGGGCCCGGCGUCUCCCCGCCUCCCGGUGGGCCCGGCGUCUCCCCGCCUCCCGGUGGGCCCGGCGUCUCCCCGCCUCCCGGUGGGCCCGGCGUCUCCCCGCCUCCCGGUGCUGAUGGUGAGGGAUCUUUGAUUGGCUCUGUGAUUGUGAUCAGUGAUACUGAGGUUGAGUCCUUGCCUCGAACCGUGAAAGAGGAGAGUGAGAGUGAUGAAGACGCCGGGGGUCCCUCCGGUGCCCGUGAGGUAGGAGGAGAGGCUGUUCCCUUGUACUCGCUCUCCAUGCCUGCUGGAGGCCGCAUGCUCUCCCAGAGAGCAGAUGUUGAGGGUCCUUGUGGAGUGUCGUGCUUUAGCGGAGCCCCGAGAUACAGCCUGACUGAGGAUUAUCCUGUGCCUGCUCCCCUGGGAUCGCCCUCUGCCGUUGCAUCAUCCUCUCCUGCUGUCCUCACCAAGCCACACAGUGAGCCCUGCCUGGACCAUGUUUCCUGUCGGCUACAGCAACCCAAACAUUCUGGGAACAUGGGACUGGAAUGUCAUGUUGUCCAUCCGCUGUGCACGGAGCAUAAGGCUGGGUUUCCCAAACUGCGGAAUUCUGAAUCACCCCCCAUUGAGAUUUUGCACCUCUUGAGACAGAGACCAAUUUCUCCACCUUUAACUAAUCACCAGAUUGACCCCUUAAAGUCCCAGGAUCAGACAACAACUCCUGAUAUCUGGCACCUCAAUCUUCCCAAUCAGCUCCCCCUUCCAUGUAGCCUCGAUGAUGAUAUAUUCCCACCUCCCGAACUGGACUACCUUCCAGACUCCCCGGACAAGUCUGACCAGGAGGAAUCCUGGGACAGUUCUUCCAAAUUCCGGAUGACAUUAGCCGGCCCUUUUGGCUCUGAAUCUGUGUUUAGUGGCAGCCGGAUUUCCACGGAUUGCAGAGACAGGAGAAGCUCGGGCCCGAGCCCACAAGAAGUGAUCUGCCUAACUCCGGGGUGUCACUCAGAUGGAAAUUGUGUGGGGUCGGUAUUUGUCGUAGACAAGGAUGGAAAGAGCAGAGCUGGUGAUCCAUCAGCUGUCGAUGCUGUUGCUUUCCAUCCAUCACCUGGAGGCCCCCCUGAGAGUUCCUGGGCAGCCUCAGACCAAGAUGUUAUUUGCCAACUGAGGGAGUGUGAGCUGUUGCUUCAGUCUGUCUCCCAGACACUGCAGGUAGACGGGAUCGAAGAGGUGCAUGCCAAGGAGUGGAAGAAGCAGAUUGAGGAACUGCAGAGACAGACGUCUCCCCCUCUCACCCACAUUGCGGUGAUUGGAGACACAGGCUCAGGGAAGAGCAGCCUACUGAAUGCCCUGCUGGACGAGGAGGCUGUCCUACCCACCUCUGCCAUGAGGGCCUGCACGGCUGUAGCUGUUGAGGUCUCUCACAAUGCCAAGAAUGACAACUACUGCGCUGAAGUGGAGUUCUUCUCUGAGGAGGAAUGGGAUAAUGAGCUCCUCUUGCUGCUGCGUGACAUGACCGAUAAAAACGGGCGGCUUAGGAAACGGCGACCAGACCCUAACUCUGAGGCCAGUGUGGCGUAUGGCCGUGUGAGAGCUGUUUACGGCAAAAUCCUCCCGUACAGUGAGCUGAAGCAGAUCCAGGAAGUCACGUCUCACCUGGGGAGGACGAAGAUUAUCUCCGAGAGGAGGGCAAGGGAUUUCCUCCGCAGCGUGCAGCGUUUCAUAGAUUCCCGUGCCGACGAUAGCUGGGCCUGCCGAGGGGGUGAGUUUUGGCCGAUUGUGAAGCAGGUGAAGAUCUGUGUGCCACGGUCUAAUGUGCUGCAGACUGGUGCUGUCCUGGUGGACCUUCCAGGCAUCAGAGAUUCCAAUGCUGCAAGGAACACCAUCGCCAAGGAGUACCUGAAGAACUGCGACGCUGUGUGGAUCGUGGCCAAUGUUACGCGAGCAGUCGAUGAUAAGACAGCCAGGGACAUGCUGGAUGAGAGUCUCCGCAGGCAGCUGUUCCUGGAUGGGCAGUAUGGGCGCCUUGCCUUCAUCUGCACCAAGACAGACUCCCACAAUGUGACUGAGAUCCUGAGUGCCCUGCGCCUCACCAGUAGCUGCACCCCUCUGGAAGAUGAAAUUGUGGAGCUGAAGAACCAAAUUGAACUGCGUCAAAUUGAACAACAGGCCUGGAAGCAGGAGCUGGAGCAGUUGCAAGUGUGUAGUCAGAUUGAGGAGAGAAAUUCCAGAGCCAAACAGCUGGGGUUGGCCAUCAAGCAGCAGGAAUCAGAGUUGAAUGAACUUCAAUGUAAAAUGAGCAUAAAGAGACGGGACCUCUCCUUAAGCUCCAUUAAAGCUCGCAACUUCUUCUGUAAGAGAAAGAUUCGUCUCAACAUCAAAUGUGGACUGCAGGAGAUGAAGCAUCAAGCCCGGAAUGAAGGGCAGGAAUCUGAGGAGGAGAGUGAGGAGGGCAGUGAUGGUGAUGAUGAUGAAGAGGAUGAUCAAGUGCAACCUCUGUUAGCAGGGGAGGGUGAUCCAGCCUCAGACAGAGAUGGGAACCUUCAUGUAUUCACUGUCAGCUCCACAGAGUACCUGAAACUCCAAGGCAAACUGCUGCGUGAUGGACCCGCUCAGGUCUUCAGCAAUAUCGAGGACACAGAAAUCCCCGCAGUUCAACGUUUUGUUCAUCAGAUCACCCUGUCAAGACGGGUCGUCGCCACGGAGAUGGUCAUCCGCAGAGUGGCGACCUUUGUCAGUCACGUGGUCACUUACCUGACUAAUCGCAGAGCCCAGGAUGCCUCUUAUCAGGCUCAGGUUCGAGAAACAGUGAGAAACUGUCUGUCCCAAGUGAAAGAGUUCUUCCAGCAAACAGCCGAGGACUGUAACCGAGAAGUGGGAAUUUCAUUCUCCCUGAUCACGACGCAGCUGAACGAGGGGAAGAGAUUGGCUGUGAUGAGUUGCGAGCACAGCGUGCACAAGUGGGGAUUGCCUCACCCCAGCGGAUACCCGUAUCCAACCUAUAAGGCUGCAUGUGACCGUGAUGGGAGUUUUAUCUCACCUGCCUAUGGAGCUGUUGACUUCAAUGAGGAGCUGACCUCCCCAAUGUUCAUUCCCCUCACAGUCGUCUGGAGUGAGGUGUUCAGUGACUCCCACCUCUGCAGCAAGUCGGUGUUCCAUCAUUUGCACAAGUUCAAGGCGGCCGUGCUCGUCAACCUCCGCCAUUUCUUCAGUGACCUGAAGCAGCGGCUGUAUCGGAUUGAGGGGGACACACAGCCUGUGGAUUACAUCCUGAGGCAGCAGCUCCCUGCAGUGGAAGCCAAGUUGCAGAACUUUACCUUGAUGUUGAUGGUGGACAUCACUGCACGUCAGCGCGUUGUCUCCAGGAUAUUGACACCAACUAUUCAAAGGGAAAUGAUACCUGCCUACAAAGCGUGUCAGUCUGAAUCUGGAUCAGGUUCCUUUGGCCGGAUGAAAUCCCACAUGGAGCAGUUCGUCCGGGAGCACAGAGACCGCGUCUUCUGUACUGCCUCCCGGAAACUCACGGAGCAACUCAGCCUGCUACAGGAUGUCAUUUACUCUCAGCUGAAGCAUGUUCUGGAAGAGAUCCACAAGGAGCUGUGUGUGCAGUUUGAACCCAUGCUGAAACCAGUCAGGAUAAUCGAUGAAAUAAUUCCCAAGCUGGUGAAUGUCUGUGCCCGGGUGCGUGCAUUGUGUCAGAAAUCUCACAUUGAUUUCACCAUGCCCAAGAUUGAGGACUGUGAAGAGGAGACAGACUCCACCAUGUUCUUGACGCAGCCCAUCAAACGGGAGAGUCCAUCGGUCCAGGAGCUGGGAACGUUCCUCGGAAAAGCCAAGAUGAUGAAGAUGGGUGAACUUGACGUAUCUCCAACUGAUUCAGUUGAGAUCUCGUUGGAUAAAGUCAUUCUCAGCUUUGAAGCCUCGGGGAUCCAGAAACGCAAAGUGAUCCCGUUUCAGUCAUUAGCAGCCUGUGAUUUCUGCCCCAGCAUGCACUUCUUCAUCCUGUAUCGCUGGCAGCCGAGGUCAAGGGGCACUGAUGGUGACGAGAGGUGUGAUGUGGUUGUGAUUCUUGAGGAACGACAAACAGCACCCGCGUUUGGAGAUUGGAUGGAUGCUGUUUCCAGUCAUGCCGGAGGAUCUGUGAACUUCAGGAAGCUGGAGCUGCAUCAGGGUGUGGAACGAUUGCAGUCUCUUGGAGUGAUAUUCCAGGGCACUCCUCUCAAGUCACCAAUGCAGGAUGCGGCAGAACUGGAUCUACCUGAACCAGCCUUCUUCACGGCCAGUUCCUUAGUCAAUGUGAGCCAGCAGACCAGGAAGAGACUGUGGAAUGAUGCGACCGAAAUCAACAGAUUUACCCUCCCUCCCAGCCUGCGGUAUCUACCUCACUGGCCACUAGCUUCACAUGAGACACAGUCUGAAAUACAGCCCCCGGUAUUGAAGAAGGAGAAGAGACAGGAGCGUGACCCCUGUACCUCUCAGAAUCGGGUUGACAGAUCCCAACCACCCGUGUUAAAGUGGGAAAGCCUGGAGAAGACCAAGAGUUUGGAGUUUGAGAAUCGUUGACUAGGGAGCUUGGAUUGAUGUCCAGGGCAGAUAUCCAGGCUGCCCCCUGGUCUGGUCUCUCUGCUCGGUGUCAGCAUGCUGCAUAUAAACCCUGUCAGACCUGUUUCUAUUGCACAGCCUGCACAUUCCCCCAAGCUGCCACGGUGUAUCGUACUGCUGUUGUCAUAGGCUGGUGUGAACUUCAGUCUAACUGCGCUGACGCUGGCUUCACUACUUCAGAUGCUGAGAAUGGAGAAGGUUUCUGCAACCGUACCUCAACAUUCUGUUCUGGAAAGCUCCACGAGGAAACCUUUUUGACCAAAAUCAUUGCAAGUCUUGAGAUGUUUUGACCAGAGGUGGUGUGUUCAUAUUUAUAUGAUCAGGAAUGGCUGAAUGAAGCUGGUUAAUUCAUGGGCGACAGUCCAGCUACCAGUCAUUUAAAACUGCAAAACAAGAGAGACUCAACUAUCCUGUUUUGGAGAUAACAAAGUGUGAAGCUGGCUGAACAC